CUGUUCCUGGACACCGCAAACUUGAACGAAAUGGCGGAACUCCUACCCCUCGGCAUCUUCUAUGGCGUCACGACUAAUCCCUUGCUGCUGGAACGUGCGAAAGUGCCUUGCUCGCAUCACGCGCUCCAAGAUCUUGCAGCAACAGCUUUUGCCUUGGGCUCCAAGGAGUUCAUGUGCCAGACGUGGGGGACCAAGGUCGACGAGCUGGUUGACAACGGGAUUCGGCUGGCGAACCUCGACUCUCGUGUUGUCGUCAAAGUUCCUCUCACGUUCGCGGGAAUCGAAGCAGCAAGCAUGAUGUCAAACUUGGGGAUCCGAGUGUGUACAACUGCCUGCUACAGUCCUCAUCAGGUCAUCACGAGCGUCAGUGCAGGAGCCGAGUACGUGGCUCCUUAUCUUGGAAGGAUGAACGAUGCAGGAAGGGAUGGGAUGCAAUCUGUUGUCGACAUGCAGAAGAUCGUCGAUGGGAUGCGUUCCAAGACAAGAGUACUCGUCGCCUCCAUCCGCGACGCGGACCAGCUUGCCGUGCUCGCUGCUCGGGGCUGCAAUACUUUCACCAUCAGCCCCAAGGUUGCGCGCCUACUCACGGAGGAUGAGCUAACAAUGGACGCUGCGACGGACUUUGCGAAGGUAGAGGAGGGAGGAUUUGGCAGCAGCUAG